AUGGUCGCUUGCAGCCUCGCCAUCCUCAGAAUCGGAGCGACAUUAGUACCCAUGGAACAUGGUACUUGGAGCAACGACAGGAUCGACGCAGUAUUGUCAAGUUUGGAAUAUAAAGCCCUGCUCGUCACGACGGAAACAGAUCGGCACCUAGCCAAUGCCAUCUACAUCCACGACAUAGAUCAAGCACUCACUGGAAGCAACGGAUACAAAGAGGGGCCCGCGAUUCAUGGCAGCUCUGUAAGAAGCAAAGAUGUAGCAUACAUAAUUUUUACGUCUGGCACUACCGGUAUACCGAAAGGUGUCAUGGUCACGCAUGAGAGCCUUUUGAACUAUGUUUGGCCGGCGCAUGCCAAUGCACCUUUCAAUCUAGGCGCAAAGCCAUCAGACACCAGUUUGCUGCUGUUUUCGGUAGCCUUUGAUGCAUUCUAUGGAGUCUUGUUCAGUACCUUGUGCAAUGGGGGACAUGUCUUGCUAUCGGAACCGGCCACCUUCAUGGACGAUGCGAAAAGUUGCACGCUUCUCCCAGCUACACCAACACUGCUCAGCACUCUAGCAGAUGUAGCGCCUUAUAGCAAGGUUCGCGGCAUCUUCCUCGGCGGGGAGGCUCCCACGCUGGAAUUGAUCAAGAAGUGGUGGACGCCAUGCCGCAGCAUGUGGAAUGCUUAUGGCCCGACAGAAGCGACGAUAUCCAUUACAAUGGCAGAACUACGCCCGGACAUGCCCAUCACUCUGGGGAAACAAAUUCGUAACAGCGAGUUGCUUUUGCUCAACUCUGAUCUUGAAGAAUCUAUAGAAGGAGAAUUGUGCAUCAUGGGCUCGAGUGUUUUGGCCCUCGGCUAUUAUAAGAAUCCGGAGCAGACAAACGAGAAAUUCGUCACGUGGAGCGAUCGACGGCUUUAUCGCACCGGAGACAUGGCAAAGCAGACUCAACAUGGUCUUAUUUUUCUUGGUCGUAAGGACCAAAUGGUCAAGAAUCGCGGGUUUCUCAUCAACCUGGAGGCGGAGGUUCUGCCUGCGCUCUUGUCGCAAGAAAAUGUCCAUUCUGCAACGGCAAUGAUGUAUCGCCAAAGACUAAUCGCUUUCGUGACACCCGCCAGAGUAGAUGGGGAGAGUCUGCGCCGCAACCUUUCUUCGCAAAUCGACCAGUUUCUUGUCCCAGACGAAAUACACAGUAGGGAACGCCUCCCUCAGACAAUAAACGGCAAGAUCGAUAAUAAAGCUUUGUAUCAUCAUUUGGUACAGAGAGACAUCGGAAAUGAUGGACCAGGAGACCAGGCCUGCAAGACAAACUUCGACUUGCUCAAGCUGGCCAUUGCAGACGCUCUCGGCAUACCGACCCGCGUAGUCAGAAAUGACCUUUCGUUUACUGAUUUGGGUGGUAACUCCCUGCUAGCAAUCAAGCUACUUUCAAUUCUCAGACAAAAGGGUCUGUCCCUAUCUAUUCCAUCUCUGUUUUUGAUGCCAACCAUAUCGGAAGUUUCGAGCAGUCUCGUUGAACUCGAGAUGCCCAAGUCCGAACUCAAUGGUACUGGGCAACCUGAACGGACAAACGAACUUGCGGGCACUCUCUCAAAAAACCAUGCCUUCAUGACAGAUGUUCAAAAAGGGAUGGUACGAUCAACGCUCAAUGAUCCGCCCGCGGGAUAUAUGGUCAUCACAAUUUCUCUUCACCAAUCGGCUGGUAACAUCCAGACCCAAUGCCUCAGCGACGCGGUGCACCAUGCACUUCAGCGACACGACAUAUUCGCUUCUUCUUUUGACAUGGCAAUGGGCACCAUCAUCAGAACUGCAAAUUAUAAGCAUGACUGGGCCGUCGAGAAUGUUGGUUCUUUGAGGGUGAAAGACGUCUUGUCGGAGGAGACUCGGCAGCUGUUUGAGCGAACAAAAGCCAGCGAUACAUUACAGGAAUUGUUCGCGCCCACCAACGCUUUCAAGCUCAUACUAGGAGAGCAUGAAGACUCUGUUCUUCUUUGGCUGGUACACCACGCUCUUGUUGACGGAUGGUCAACAGCAAAUAUUCUAAAGGACAUUCGAUCACGGCUCCUUGCUGGAACCAAUGCUGUUUCAGACCUGCCACGGCAAUUCUGCGACUAUUCUGCCGAUUUAACCUUGUAUUUGGAGCGGUCUUAUAACAGCGCAAAGUGUUUCUGGACGCAGUCCAUGGCGGGCCACCUCGAUGGGACUGAGCUCAAAGUUGCGCGGCCUGAAGGCACCGAAUGCGACAAGGAACAUUUUGAGAAUCGUCGAUUAAGCCUCGGUAUUUCUUUGGCUCAAAUCGAGGUAAUGGCCAAGGCACUUGGAUUCAGCCCUGCAGUUAUUCUGCAUGCAGCCUGGGCAUUACUGUUGAGCCGAUACGCAUGUGAAGAAGCAGUUGUCUUCGGAGGUGUCUUUUCAGCAAGGAACUUCCCCAUCUCAGGUGUCGAGGAAAUCGUCGGCCCUUUGAUCAAUACAUGCCCUUUUCCGGUCAGAAUGCAGGCGUCGGACAAAAAGACAGACUUCCUCAGCAAUAUCCAAUCACUGCUACUACAGAUCGUCGAGUACCAAUGGUCUGCUUCUCAAAUUCUGCAAGAGAUUGCCUCGGGGAGCCUUGCGCGUAUUUUUUCCACGGCAUUGUUUCUAGAGUAUGAUUUGCCCAUGCACGAGAGCUCCGACCAGCAAGAGCUGCCAUCGUGGACUUAUGAUCGGGCUGACUGGCCCGAAUUCGGCCUUACAAUGCAGGUGAAAGAUGCUGGGGACUCUUUGGAACUUCGGGCAGUGUUUAAAAGAUCUCGAUACAAAUCGGAGACUAUUUCCAGACUCGUUGAACACUUCAAUAAUCUCUGCUUGUCUUUGCUGAGCCCAACUACGAAUACACUAGCGGAAGUGAGUGACAGGAUGCUCGGCCUGAAGGAGACUUUGUGUUUGACGCGUAGUUCAACCUCAUUUUUCACACCAUACGCUGGACAUCAAACAUUGAAGGCCGCAUUCGAGGCUGGGGUUGAUACUUGGCCACAGUCGGUUGCGAUCAAGUCACCGCUGCACGAGAUUAACUACAGAGAGUUGGAUCUUACGUCAAAUUCCUUGGCAAGGUCCAUAGCAGAGAUUGUCCGCCCGCGAGAGGUGGUGGCUCUUUUGGGUGAUGGCAGCGAGAACUGGCUUCUUGGAGUCUUGUCUAUCAUCAAAGCUGGCGGAACCUACUUGCCUCUCGACACCAAACUACCUCCACAGCGGAUGGAGGCUAUGAUGGAAACAGCCGGUGCAGUGUUGUGCAUCUAUCCUAAUCAAGAGUGCCUUGCUACCUUCUCCUGCCUUUCCAAGGCCAAAUAUCUGCUCCAUGAACGUCUGAAGACGAAACAAGAUGGCAGUAGUCUGACAAAAAGAUUGGGAAUCUCUACACAGCCUGACGACUAUGCUUACAUCAUGUUCACGUCUGGGUCGACGGGCACACCGAAAGGCAUCAGGGUAACUCACCACGCGACAAUGUCGCAUCUCUCGUUCGAACCAGCACGUCUACAUGCCCGUCCCGGAAGACUGCAUGCACAGAUUUUCUCUGCCGGAUUCGAUGUCAAUAUUGCUGAAAUCUUUGGCACGCUGUGCUAUGGAGCGACAUUAGUCCUAAAAGACCCUGCUGACCCAUUCGCGCACCUCAGUCAGGUCCAUGCGACGAUGAUUACGCCCUCGUUCCUCUCGGUACUCUCCUCAAAAGAUCUCCCGAACCUUGAUACAAUAUACUUGAUAGGAGAAGCUGUUCCCCAGAGCCUCGCCGACAAAUGGUCAACCGGAAGGACUCUCUACAAUUUUUACGGGCCGUGUGAAUGCACAAUCGCUGCUUCAUACGCCAGACUCGAGCCCGGAGGGCCAGUGACACUGGGUAGAACGAUUCCCCGGGUUGGUGCUCACGUACUUGAUCGCCUUUCCCGCCAAGUGCCCGUCGGCGUCAUUGGAGAGAUCUGCCUCUAUGGAGUGCAAGUCAUGGAGGGGUAUAUCGGCAAAGAUGCGGAAGAGAUGACCAAGAGAGCCUUUGUUCAAGAUCCGUUCAACCAUGGCCAGCGCAUUUACAGAACUGGGGACCUAGGUUAUUGGACCGAGAAUAUGGAGUUAUGCUUCAUCGGCCGAGUUGAUCAUCAGGUCAAGGUUCGAGGAUAUCGAGUCGAGUUGCAAGAGAUCGAAAACGCACUGCGACGAUCGAGCGAUACAGUGACCCAGUCAGUGGCGAUUGUGUCCGAAAACACCAUCUAUGCCUUCAUAACACCGGAAAACGAAAACGUGGCCGAGAUCAAUAAUUUCUUACGUCGAGAACUGCCAAGCUACGCCGUUCCGCAGCUCAUAACCGCACUGCCGUCGUUUCCGAGCACGCCGAAUCAAAAACUCGAUCGCAAGGCGCUCAUGCGCUCAAUAGAAUCCGCGGUUUCCACAGAUGUUACAAUACAUGACGAAAUAGAGCGAAUCAUCUCCGAAGUAUGGCGGGAAGUUCUUGGUCUUGAACAAGGCUUUGUCAUAUCGGUCAAUGAUGACUUCCUCACCAUCGGCGGAAACUCACUACGUCAGAUUGCCGCAGCGCAAAAAGUGUGCUCAAGAAUGAGACUGAAAAUACCAUUAAGAAUUUUUAUCCUGCAUACUCGCAUAAGCUCCCUCGCCUCGGCGAUUCGAGAGCAUUCCGCUCAGAGCGAACAAACGGAUCCUGGCUUUGUCUCUUUCGCCGAGUUUUCAAGUCAAUCGAGCUCAUAUAACCCCAACUUAUCAUACCUAGAGAAAGAGUUCCUCAGAAUGCAUAAGCAGUCUGCGAGCAAGUCUGCUUUUAACGUUGCUCACAAGAUUUCAUUUUGCGGCAACAUUGAUUUAGUUCUCUUGAGUCGCGCUUUCCAGAUUGUUGUCGCGAAGCAUGACAUUUUAAAUGCAACCUACAGGGAAGUCGGAGGCAUAUCACAGCGGAUGAUCAACAGGCAAGAGUUUACGUUCGACCAUCUCCAUGUGUCGGAGCAGGCAACAAGAGAUGAAUACAUCAGCAAGCCUUUUGAUCUAAGCGGCCGUCUUAUCCGGGCAUCUCUUACAAAUACUUCGAACUCUACAGAAAUCAUUCUCGUCCAGCAUCACAUCAUUACGGACCAGGUCUCUACGCAAGUCCUCUUGGCUCAGGUAGGCGAUGUGUAUCGCGCCUUGGUCAACAAAGGAGACGUCGAAAACUCAAGCGUUUCCGAAGGGCGUCUUAUUCAGUAUGAUACCUGGGCAUCUUGGAGAGAAGCGCAGCUUAUAAAACAGCCUGAAAGAGCCCAUUGUACGUUUUGGCAGUCACAAUUUGGGGAUCACAGGAGUGAAUUCUCGAACAUGAUCCAAUCACACAAGUGUCCUUUAGGGAUGGCUCACUCGAUUCCCAGGCGCCUCAAACGCAACAGCUCGGGCGGCUCAAUCGAGGUCUAUUUAGCAGCAACCGCCAUGGCUCUGCAAAACGCUCUCGGAAUAAAUGAGAUUUGCAUGGGCAUACCAUUCCUGGACCGGCUUGAGCCAGGGUCUGAGCGAUUGCUGGGUGUCUUCUUGGAUGCGCUCCCUGUGCGUGUUGAAAUGGACAAAUCUGUGCCCAUGCAAAGUCUGGUGCAUACUAUAAAAAGUACCUUGAAGUCUGUAAUUUCUCACGCAAUUCCUUCAUUUCAGAUCAAGGAGCUAGUCGGAAGAGACGUACUGUUCGACAUCAUGAUCGUGUAUAACCGAUUCGAAGACCGAGUGACCCGGAGUAUGGAAGUCCCAGGUGUCUCAAUCGAAGUGGCGUCUAUGAGAGCGCAGGGAGCCAAAUUUCCCCUGUUGGUGGAAUUCAACGAAAGAAAGGAUGAUGUCGUUGUAGAGCUGGAGUACUUUGAGCACAUUUUUACUGAUAAAACGUUGUCACAGUUUCUGCAAGAUCUCUGCACCGCCAUUGAUUAA